CGGCGGCGGCCCCAGCGAUGUUCUCCGCCUGGCCCGGAUGGCUCGGCCUGCUUCUGCUCUGCUUCUGCCCGGCUGCUCACGGAUUGCGCAUCCAGGAAUACCUUUAUUUCCAUGUUCUGAGUCCUGGAGAUAUCCGCUACAUCUUCACCGCUACACCAGCCAAGGAUUUUGGGGGAGUGUUCAACAUGAGAUAUGAGCAGAUCUACCUUGUUCCGUCUGAUCCGCCAGAUGCCUGCAGUGCGUUGAACAACGGGGCCUUUAUCGAAGGCCAGAUUGCUUUGGUGGAACGCGGGGGCUGCUCCUUUUUAUCCAAGACCCGCACGGUCCAGGAACACGGGGGCCAGGCGGUGAUCAUUGCAGACAAUAGUUACGAGAAUGACAGCACCUACGUGGAGAUGAUUCAGGAUAGCACCCAACGGACGGCCGACAUCCCUGCCCUUUUCCUUCUGGGAAGAGACGGAUACAUGAUCCGUCGGUCUUUGGAGCAGCACGGGCUCCCUUGGGCUGUGAUCUCCAUCCCGGUCAACGUCACCAGCAUUCCAACUUUCGAACUCCUGCAGCCUCCAUGGAUUGUUUGGUAGCAGAAAGAGGAAGAAUCAGGAGGAAGCAGAGGAGCCCCAAGAUGGCCAGAUGUGGGCCGGAGGGACGUAGAUCACAUCCACGGGUUGACAUUUAGCGCUGUCUUGCAGCUGCUGGUCUGCCUC